GGGGCGCCGCCCGAGCCGCCCGCAGCAUGGCCGUGCCGCGGGAGCCGCCGCCGCCGCCCGCCCCGGCGCUGCCGCCCGGCCCUGCCCCCGCCGCCGCCGCCCCGACCUUCGCCGCGGCCCGCGGGCUCGUGGGGCGCCGCUACUCGUGCCUGGUGGUGGCCCCGCACCGCAGGCACGUGGCGCUCCCGCCGCGCUUCCUGGGCCGCAAGCGCUCCGGCAUCCGCGCCCAGCUGGACGCGGAGCUGCUGCGAUACUCGGAGAGCCUUCAGGGUGUGCCCGUGGCUUACGACAACAUCAAAGUGGUGGGUGAGCUCGGCGACAUCUACGACGACCAGGGCUUCAUCCACCUCAACAUCGAGGCGGACUUCGUCAUCUUCAGUCCCAAGAAGGGGAAAAAGCUGGUGGGUAUAAUUAAUAAAGUGGCCCCUAGUCAUAUUGGCUGCCUGAUCCAUGGAUGCUUCAAUGCAUCUAUCCCUAAGCCUGAACAAAUGUCAGUUGUACAAUGGCAAGAGCUGGGGUUAAAAAUAGGGGAUGAACUGAAAUUUCAAGUGUUGCACUUGGAUUCUGAUGCAGCUGGGGUGUUCUUCAUUCGAGGAGGACUCACUAAAAAAAGCAUGCGGCCCAAACGAUCUGAGACCGUCACUGAGAGUACAAAUGGGAAUGAAAUUCAAAACCUUGAUCACCAGGAAAAUGGCCUGAAUGACUGUGGGGAAGACAAUAUAACAGAAGAGCCUUUAAAUGAGACAAAUAACCCUGGGAGGGAAAAUGAAGAAGGGCAAAGUGUUGAUGCUGUGAACGGGUUAUGUGAUGAAACAGGCAAGAAGAAAAAGAAGAAGAAAAAGGACAAGCGAGAAGAACAGGAACAUGUAUUGCCUGCCAGUGACUCCAGUGGUUACCAAAGUGACCAUAAAAAGUCAAAGAAAAAGAAAAGAAAGCAUUGUGAAGUUGAAGAAAGUGAAUUAUCUCAGCUGUCAGAAAACCCCAAGGCUAAAAAGAAAAGGGACUAAAGCUUGAAGUGCCUUUCCUGAAUUAGAUUUCAGACAUUUUUCUUAAGUUCCAAUAAAACCCUGUUUUCAAAAUA